CGCAACUCCAGCAGCCACAGUCCGGUCGGGGAACCAAUCAGCUUCAUCAGUGGGGACCGGGCUCAGGCCCCUGCCUUGGCUGUCUCUACAGGUGAAUCCACUCCAGCUGUCUGGUAUCCUGACUCGGGUGCUUCUGCUCACAUGACCUCAAAUGAAGGUAUUUUGCAAAAUAAAUCUAUUUAUUCUGGACCACUAAAAAUUACAGUUGCUAAUGGCUCUAGUCUUCCUGUUAUGACUGUUGGUGAAUUGCAUUUAUCUACUCUGCCUCGGCCCCUACACUUAAAAUCUGUUUAUCAUGUGCCUAAUCUUAAAUACAAUCUUCUGUCUAUUCAACGAUUAUGUGCCGAUAAUAACUGUUUUGUGAUUUUUGAUAAAAAUUCUAUCUGUAUUAAGGACACAAUUUCGGGGAAGGUGCUCCUCCAAGCUUCCAGUAAUGGUGGCGUUUACCCUAUUUCUCUCAUUCAUUCCUCGCCAGUGGCUC